AUGGUGACCGCAAUUGAUUAUUCGUCCAUGCAUUCUACUUACUCUCAAAAGUUAUCUCCGGAGGUUCAAAGUGAUCUUUUAGCUGAUGUUGACUCUUCACUUUCUAUCACUUUGUCUCCGCAACAAGCAGAGGAGAUUCAUCGUCUAUCCAUACUUGAUGCUGUUUAUUCUAGUGAUGCGCAGCUUUCACAACAUCACGAUGAGCUUACCCAUUUAAAGGAGGAGAAGACUGUGAUUGAAAAGAUUCAUGUUUUAUCUCAUGUUGAUGUUGAGGCUUUGGACACACUACAAGCUUCAUUUGAGAGGCUGCGUAAUGGCUUUAGAGACUUGACUUGGGAAUAA